CGAAAAUCGACGUUUCCGUGUCUUGAUAGGCAUGGAUUGGACGUAUAAGGACGUGUUAAGUUCAUAGUGUAAUGUUGAAAAAUUAUGACUAAACACCACUCGUUGCCAACGAAUGAAAGUACCUCCGUAUCAACCUCAACUACUGUUACCGACUUUGGAUCAUCUCCAUCACAGUUUUCGCCCAAUAACAGGUGCACCUUACAAGAAAAUUUAAAAAUGGUUCAAUCCGAAACUCUACCUUUACAAUCAACUAAGGCCGAUGAGACAUAUGAAACUACCACUAAUUGUAACACCCUCGAUAUGUACAAUCGUGUUGUUUCUUCAAAACCAUCUGCUUUUAAUCAGGUUUUGGCAGCGAUGUCGGUAUCGUUAGUUUCACUAGUAGGAGGCUUCGUCACUGCAUAUACUUCACCAGCAUCAGAUUCUCUCCAGCGGGAUCUUCUCAUAUCGGACGAUGAGCUUUCUUGGAUAGGAGGAUUAAUGCCAUUGGGUGCUCUCAUCGGUGGGUUAAGCGGUGGAAAAAUGAUUGAAUAUUUGGGAAGAAAGUGCACUUUACUUGUUACAAAUGCAACGCUGACAUUCUCGUGGAUAUGCGUCGCUGUAGCUGCAAAUCAAUGGUAUUUAUAUUUUGGAAGAACUAUCGCAGGAGUUGCUGUUGGAAUCGCUACCUUGGCAAUGCCUGUAUACCUAGGGGAAGCAAUCCAACCAAAUAUACGAGGAACGUUAGGGCUCUUGCCGACAAUGUUUGGCAAUAGUGGAGUACUUCUUUGUUAUAUCGCGGGAAGUUAUCUGCAAUGGAAUCAUCUCGCAUGGCUAGGAGUAGGUCUCCCAAUUCCAUUCAUGAUACUGGGGUUUGUCAUUCCGGAAAGUCCAAAAUGGUAUGUGUCAACAAGCAAAUAUGAAAACGCGAAGAGAUCUCUACAAUGGCUACGAGGAAAGGAGGCCGAUGUUCAACAAGAAUUAGACAGAUUAUUGGUCACAUUGGAACGAUCUACUGUAACAUCACAAUCUUUAUUUCAAUCUAAGAACAUCAAACCUGUGCUAAUAUCAUUAGGUUUAAUGUUUUUUCAACAAAUGAGCGGUAUCAAUGCAGUUAUAUUUUAUACAUCUGACAUCUUCGAAAUGGCAGGAUCAAGAAUGAUUCAUAAAGAUACUUCCACAAUUAUUGUAGGGGGAGUAAAUUUUAUCUCAACUUUUGUAGCUACAGUACUGAUCGACAAAUUGGGUCGCAAAAUACUUCUUUAUAUUUCUAGCACAUUGAUGAUAGUUACAUUAGGAUUUCUUGGUACCUAUUUUUAUUUGUUGAAAACUGGAAUGGAUGUCUCCUUUAUCGGCUGGUUGCCUUUACUUAGCUUUAUGGUGUACGUGUUAGGAUUUUCUUUUGGUUUUGGCGCAAUCCCUUGGUUGAUGAUGGGUGAAAUAUUACCUGCACAUAUUAGGGGAAGUGGAGCGUCCUUGGCAACGGCAUUUAAUUGGGCAUGUACAUUCGUUGUAACCAAAACAUUUGUUGAUAUGAUUCAAACUAUUGGACCACAUGGAACAUUCUGGAUGUUUUGUCUUGUUGGUGUAAUUUCGGUAGUAUUUAUAUUCUUUUGGGUGCCGGAAACACAAGGGCUCAGUCUAGAAGAAAUAGAACUAAAGAUCUUAUCUUCGGAAAUUCGGCGGGAGGAAGCUUGCUAACAUGUUUAUUUUGUAUAGGUAGUAGUUUUAUGUAGUAGACGUGUAUGUGCACAAUGCCAAAUACGUAAUUCAUCAAGACUGAUAGAUAAUUAAAUUAUAUACGUGAAGUCCUUUUAAUACAUUGUAAGAAAUACCUUUUAUUUUUUAGUA